UAUCAAUUGUUUUUGUCAUGAACAUUGGAACAAAGUGGAGUUAGUACCUACCUAAGGUCUUCUAUUAAUAAUUCAAAUUGUUCAUUAUUACAUAGUCAAUACAUACUAUUAAUACUGAUAUGGAAUCUGAAGGUGAAGUCGAAUAUCUGGAAGAGGAUGCUGAAAUAGUUCAACAAUGCUUUCAAACACCUCAAACUCGAGAGUUAAAGCCAUACGGGUCCAGCCCUGUGACCGAUAAUGAUAAAACAGAUUUACUCUCCCUGCUAGUAGAGCGCGAACGUCCACCAAAGAAAAAACGAAAAAAGGAAGACGACGAUUCUGAUUAUCACCCUGAAGAAGACGUUGCACCUCUUAGUCCACCGAGUACGAAAUCAAAGAAAAAAAAAAUCGUUCCACAAAAAAAGCGGGCAAAAGUCGAAACUACUGCUAACAAUAGUACCACUAAUACUAAAGCCAACACUAUUUCAAAAAGAAUUAAUGAGUUAUUAAAAGAAAACAGAUUAGUAUCUGCUCAAGAGAAAUUCGCCGUGCGUAAGAAACUAAACAUUAGAAUACCUGAUUACGACGACCCGUUAUGUCUACCUGUGAAAGCUGUGAAGCAAGAUAACAGUGAUCUAAAGAGGUUGGGAGUGUGGAAUAAUGUUUGCAUAGAGCAUUUUAAGCACUGUGAUACCAUGCUUAGACCAGAGCGAGGUAGGACACAUAGUUCGUCCAGGAGUGUUGUGCUGAGGAAUGUCCCUAAUAAACAAACAGGUAAAAUUGAGACAACAAUAUGGAGCAAGACAUGUGUUCAAAAUGAAGAUGGUGACAAGAAAUCUGAAAUAUUUCAGUGUGUGCUACCAAGAUACAAAGAGAAGAGAACUGUUAAAAACUACAGUUUAUCUUCAAAGAAAUCUAAACCAGUUCAAACUGUCGAUGUUGUCCUUUUAACGAAAGAAAAGCACGAAGACAGCGAAGCCUUGGUUGUCUAUAAACCCAAAGAGUCUAUUUCUUCAGUUUACAUGCUCUUUGAUAAAAGCAAAUCAAGUGCCCAGGAUGAAGGGAAAUCCGAAAAAGAUGAUGAAGACCCUAAGAUGUACAUAAAGGAGAUGACUUGCUGCAAAAUGUGCGCUGAUUGUUACCAAAAGUCGUGGCGCGGUCCUAGGACAUCUAACAAGAAGCCCUUACUGUGUCCGAUAUGCGCCAGGACUUGCGUAACCGUCCACAAUCUGCUUUCCCACGUGAAGAACCACAGUUCCUCCGAAGUCAACCGGUACAAACCUGUUAUUAACGCUGUAUUAGCCGAGUUUGUGGAUUAUCAUUACCGCUGCAGGAUAUGUCAGGAGAAAUUUAAUUGUAUAAGAAAUUUAAAAAUUCAUCUUAAAACUCAUAAGGCUGAAUCUCAGUUUUUGUGCGAAGUUGGAAAUCACAUCGCGCAGUAAUAGGUACCUUUAAAUGUCUAAAUAUUAGUAAAUAAACUUUUUACAAACA